UUUCUACUGGAUCAUUUCGGCGCGUUCUUCAAGUUUCAAAUAAAGUUGACUGUUUUAUUAACUGUUAUUUUUAAAAGGAAAUAAUUGUUUUUGCCGUGCGUUUAAUAUUUAUUGUAUUCUUUUACUCUACUUCUUCAGAGUUUAUAAACUGUAUUUCGGUCGGAUUUCCCCUAAGGUAGAUGAGAAAGACAAGAUUUUCAUGAAAAGUAUGGUUGGAAUAAAGGAGACAAGCAAAACUCUUAUAUGGUUAUUUGCUCUUCUUAUUCAAUUGUGUGCUAUGGGUGCUAUAUCAAAAGAUAUAAAAACGAUAGAACAAAUGAAGACUUUGGAACAGACCGCUCGUGAACAAUGGGAAAACACAACAAGACAGAAUAUUUCUGAGCCAUCUCAGCAACAAACAGAACAAGACAAUGUUUUAAGCAAAACAUUUUUGUUCACUUGGUUUCCAUGGUUGGAAACAACGACAACGAAAGAUAUGCAGGAAUAUAGAGGAAUAAAAAUCAAGCAAGUGGAAACUUUUCGAACAGGAAUUGGAGUGGGAACAUGGCGUGAAAUUACCCUCUUUGGUAAAAAGAUGGAAUCAGCUAGUAAUGAAAUACCUGAAACCAGUGCUUUAUGUGUCAGUUCAGCUUCAAGUUUGACAACUUAUUUUAAAACACAACUGUAA